UUGUGACAUCAUCAUUUAUGUGCUGUGUCCUUAAGACCAACACAGGGCUUUACUAUUGUAAUGAGGAGGCAAAAUCACAGCUCUGCCGUUGAAUUUAUCCUCUUGGGAUUUUCUAACUAUCCUGAACUCCAAGGACAGAUGUUUGGGGCUUUCUUGGUUAUUUAUCUGGUGACUCUAAUGGGAAACGCCCUCAUUAUCGCCAUCAUCUUCCUGGACCAGAGCCUGCACAUCCCCAUGUACCUGUUCCUGCAGAAUCUAUCUUUAGUGGACCUCUGUUUCAGCACAGUCAUCACACCUGAAAUGCUGGUGGUCCUGACCACCCAGAAAGCCACCAUUUCCUUUGGGGGCUGUUUUGCACAGAUGUAUUUCAUUCUUCUCUUUGGUGGGACUGAGUGUUUUCUCCUGGGGGCGAUGGCUUAUGACCGAUUUGCUGCAAUCUGCCAUCCUCUGUCCUACCCGGUGAUUAUGAACAAGAGGGUCUUCGUGAAACUGGCUAUAUUCUCAUGGGUCUCGGGUACUAUGAUGACUACUCUGCAGACCACGUGGGUGUUUAGUUUCCCCUACUGUGGCCGUAGAGAAAUUAACCAUCUCUUCUGUGAGACCCCUCCAGUGCUGGAGCUUGCAUGUGCAGACACGUUCCUGUUUGAAGUCUAUGCCUUCACAGGCACCAUUUUGAUUGUCAUGGUCCCCUUCCUAUUGAUACUCUUGUCUUAUACUCGAAUUCUCUUUGCCAUCCUGAGGAUGCCAUCAAACACAGGGAGGCAGAAGGCCUUUUCCACAUGUGCCUCUCAUCUCACAUCUGUCACCCUCUUCUAUGGCACGGCCAGUAUAACUUAUCUACAGCCCAAAUCCAGGUACUCACCAGACACCAAGAAACUGAUGUCAUUGGCAUACACACUGCUUACCCCUCUGCUGAAUCCACUUAUCUACAGCCUGAGAAACAAGGAGAUGAAAAGGGCUGUGGUGAAAUUAUGGGAAAGAAAAGUGGCUUUACACACAGCUUGAUUUCUGGAGGACUUUGUUGUUUUUCUAUCAUGCU